UCUGUAUUUCCGAAAAAUCGUUUUAUGGAGACGUUUACGGUUAGUACAACAACGGUUUGCAAUGAAGUCUGUGGCAGUAGUUUGCGUCUCGGUCGUGCUCUUCCUGAGCAUUGGAUCCUCCCUGGGUCAGAUCAUUUCCACCGGUCAAUGCCGAGAGCCCGUCGUUGUGCAGAAUUUCAACCUGGCAUCCUACUCGGGAGCGUGGUACGAGGUCGCGCGUUACGAACAAAUGUUCCAACGCGACGGCGAGUGUGUCACGUCCCAAUAUACGCUAAACAGCGACGGAUCAUCGCUCUCAAUACAGCAUCGCAUGUUGGUGCCACCCAGUUCACAGCUCAUUCAGAUCAGUUCACAGGCGGUGCUCUCGUUCCCCGACCAGAAUCCACUGCAAGGCAAACUGAACAUCAGCUAUGGGGGACAGCCUGCAACCAGCUCGAACUACUGGGUUCUGGACACGGACUACACAUCUUUCUCGUUUAUCUGGAGUUGCUUUCAAGUCAGCGAUACCAUUAAAGGAGAGUACCAUUGGCUUCUAUCAAGAACUGUUGAGCUAUCUGCGAGUGCACAACAACGCGUCGACGAGCUUUCGGAUGCCUAUUUGAAUAGAAAUUAUAUCAGGCCGACGCAACAUGACUUGGAAUACUGUGUCACAGUCAAAGACGCGGAUGAGGAGAUCCCCGCAGAGAAUCCGGUGGUGGCACAAGAAGUAGCAGAGAGUGCUAAAUUGUAUGCAAGAGUCGCUGGUCUGAGAAACAGAAGACUUAAACCGUGA